CAGAGUUCAUGCUCGGGUCACCUCAUUGGCUGAUAGGUCGAGUGAAGGGGUGAUAGACAAGCUGGUGUUGGAUAUAGAGCUUCUUCCUCCAGCAAUUCAACACACCUCCGCUCCUGCAACACAGAGAUCACAAACGCGAAGCCGCCACCUCCAACAUGAGUUCCAAAAGCGUCGUGUUCAAGAAGAUCUGCAAGGACAAGUCGGUUGGAGUCUACAUGGGGAGAAGAGACUUUGUCGACCAUGUUGACUUUGUGGAUCCAGUGGAUGGCGUCAUCCUGGUCGACCCCGAGGCUCUGCAGGGCAGAAAAGCGUUUGUCACCCUGUCCUGCACCUUCCGCUACGGCAGAGAAGACGCGGACGUGUUGGGCAUCGCCUUCCGCCGGGAGCUCUUCCUGUCCACCCGGCAGGUGUACCCACCGCUGCAGGACCGGGAGCAAGGCAUCCACACCAAGGUCCAGGCCCGGCUGCUGCGCAAGCUGGGCCAGAACGCCUACCCAUUCUUCUUCGAGUUUCCUGACAACCUGCCUUGCUCAGUGGCUCUGCAGCCAGGGGCCAACGACGUCGGCAAGCAAUGCGCCGUGGAGUUUGAGAUCAAAGCUUUCAGCGCCGAGAGCCAGGACGCUAAAGUACGCAAGCGGAGCACAGUGAAGCUGAUGCUCAGGAAGGUGCAGUAUGCUCCGGAGACGCAGGGUGUGGCACCCUCUGUUGAGACCACCAGGGAUUUCCUCAUGUCAGACAAACCUCUGCACGUGGCGGCCAGUCUGGAGAAGGAGACCUACUACCACGGCGAGCUGGUCAAAGUGCACGUCGAUGUCACAAACAACUCCAACAAAAACAUCAAGAACAUCAUCCUCACUGUGGAUCAAAUCGCCACGGUGGUGUUGUACUCCAACGACAGCUACGUCAAAUGCGUAGCCAUCGAGGAUUCUGGGGACUCGGUGCCCGCAGGAGGGACCCUGAAGAAAGACUACACACUGCACGCCCUGCUGGCCUACAACACGGAGAGGCGGGGCAUCGCGCUGGACGGCAAACUGAAGCACGAAGACACCAAUCUGGCUUCGUCAAGCAUGAUUAAGGAGGGCGUGCUGAAGGAAGUGCUGGGGAUCAUGGUUUCAUACAGAGUCAUGGUGAAGCUCAUCAUUGGAGGGAUGAUGGGCUCCAGUGAGGUCGGCCUGGAGAUUCCCUUCAAACUGAUGCAUCCCAAACCGGAAGCAGUGAAAGACAGCGAGCUGGAGGAGGAGAUGGUGUUCGAGGAGUUUAAGCGCUCCUACCUGAAGGGGAUGAAGGCCGACGACGAUGAGGAGGAAGGCAACGUGUCGGGUGGCGACGACAUGGCGCCCACAGAGAAAUAGAGCCGAGGGGAAGUUUGAGUCACCUCACAGUUCAUGUUAGAGAGGCAGGAAACACUCCGGCUGACCAAUCCAUUUACCUGAGGAAGUGUAUUUUUAGUGCUUGUCAAUAGUUUGAUUUAACUUUGAGCAACACAGCUGACGAUUUUACUGCAUGUUCAGAUUUUAAACAACAUGGGAACCAGUUCGCUGGAUGUCUCUUCAUUUCCUUCGAGUCGAUUCUGACGGAUUUGACAUGUGAAGCUGAAGCUGCUGCGACUCGACCGGUUCCGUUUGAUUUGGGCUUCAUUUCUGUUUUAAUCACUCGAUUUGAGUCGCUUUUGAGCUGCGCAGCAUGCAACAAUUAUUAUUGUUCAGGAUAUUUUUCUCUGGUUGUAUAAUCCUUAGACUCUCAGCAGCUAUUGGCCCGUUGAAUCGAUUAUAUUACAGCCCAAUAUGUGGUGGCUCUAAAUUUAUUUAUUUUAUUUGAAUAAGUGUUAAAUAUUAUAUCGCAUUUUCUGAAUAACUUGCCCAGCACUGGUUACAACAUUGUAGUUGAAAUUUAGUGUUGAAAUGACUGUAUAGGACAUUGUGCUUGCAUUUAAAUGAAAUGAGAUUCUCUGUCUUGUACGAGUUGCUGUGAAACUUCAUUCAGUCACACUUGUAAGACAAUAAAAGCAGAUUCAAUCUUG